CAUUUGAAAGCGCGGCUGGCGGCAGUGCUCCGUAUUCCGGUCCGGAUCCCGAUCCCGAUCCCAAUCCCAAUCCCAAUCCCAAUCCCGAUCCCGCUCCUAUGGCCCCCACCAGGAAGAACCCCGGCGCGGCCGCGCGCCGCAGGAAGCUGGAGGCAUUCCUGCAGGAUUUCGACAGCGAGGUGGAGAGCCGGAUAGCGCGGCUGGAGGAGAACGGGGAGCGCCUGGUGAAGGAGGUGGACGACAUGUACGAUAUGCACAUCCUGCGGCUGCCCGAGGCCUUCCGCGAAAUGAACUGGCUGGAGUUCUUCGAUAAAGCAGGAUGCAAGGAGCUGUUGGAAGAGGCAGCAGUGGCAGACUUGGAAAUACCAGAAAUAAGCAAGUUGGCAGCAGAAUUUGGCCGUACUCCUUCCAAGGUCACCAAACAAGGGGGAAAAUUCACACAGCAUCUUGAAGCUAUUCAAGAAGUUGAGUCUUUGCUUCCUCAAGCAAAGAAAGCAGAACAUGAGGGCCAAUGUCUUCCAGAGCCAGAAGCUAAAAGCACUAAUCCAGCAACUGGAGAGGUGAAUGCAUCCACUAAAAAAGUGCCAGCAUCCAGGAGCAGAAGAGCUCGCGCAAACAAAAGAUCAAGCAAAAACAGUUUUAUCACUCCAGCUACGGGCAGGAUGGUUGGUCUCUGUGCUCCGGGAGGUUCCUCCAUGCCCACACCCAGAUUUGAUCCCAGCAUCUUCAAGACACCCGGGUUGCGUGCACCAGUAUCGCACGAACGUGUUUACACCGUCUCUGCCAAUGGCAGCCCCCUUGCUGCCAUCAAUGAUAUCUUCAUCACAGUCCCUGUGGGAGGAGGGGAGAGCGUUGGUUUAGCAGCAAGUGAUGUGACCAAGAAUAAUCUUCUUCAUCUGAAUGCGGAGGUCCAAGGAUUUAUGCAGAAGCUAUCAGGUCGUCUCGCACAAGCCUGCAGUGCUACAAAACCCCGCAAAUGAAAUGCAGUGGAUAUUGACAUCCCUCUGUAAAUACAGAACGUACCCUUUAGGACUGCUGUCUUUAGUUCUCGUCCUAAUUGUGUCCUCUGUUAAUUUAUAGAAGGGAGGUUAACUAAUUUUUCUACCUAUAAUAUGUAAUGGGAUUAGAAUAGAUUUCAUUCUUGUUCUUCGGGGCUGGGGGCCAGAUACUCUAUUUCCUAUUUCCUUUAAGGUUUGAGACCAAGAUACAGUUAUCAUGGGCUUGCAGACCAACAGCCUGAGCAAAAAAAGCUAUUCUGGUAGCUCACAGAAGACUUAAGCAGUGGACGCAAGUGACUGGGGAAAGAAAGCAAUGGCUCAGAUUUGUAGCCCAACCUUCCAGGCACAUCCUUUCUCUGCAGAUGUGCUUGCAAGCUGAGGCAAAAGGCAAGUUACUGGUGCCUGGGGUUAAAUGGAAAGCUUCUUGUAGUUCAUGAUGCUGCUAUGAAUCUCAGUGCUUUCAUUCUUAUAGUAGCCAUUGUAUUUUAACUGGUUUUGAGGUUUGUACGAAGAACUUGUGCAUUUUAUUGUUUUCAAAUAAUAAAGGAUUGGAGUUACUGAAACUCAA